GCACGUGAACACAGGGGCUGAUGACACUGCGGAAGUGUCAUGGCGCCGUGCGUCAUGCAGUGUCAGAACCAGCACCCUCACUAAACAACUUGUAAUGACUCUUCUCAGACAAGUUUGGGAUUAAAAUUCAAAAAAGGACAUCCCAGGGAUCAUAACUUCAGGAUGGCAGAUUCAGGUUCAAAUGACCCCAGUGGGCAACGUGUGCCAACCCCUGGAGGAAGCAGUGCUGGGAUGCUGACUGGCCGCCGACCAGGUGGAGUUGGGACACCUGGCCGUCUUCCUGCAAUAAGAUCCAGAGACCUCACCCUAGGGGGAGUCAAAAAGAAAACCUUUGCUCCCAACAUUAUUGGCCGAAAAAUCAAAGAAGACGCAAAAGCUGAAGGUGGGCCACGGAGAGGGAGGAGGGAUGAAGGCCGCGGUCGAGGCCCCAGAGAUAGAGGCAGGGGCCGAGGUCGCCCAGAAGUCAUCCAGUCUCACUCUAUUUUUGAACAGGGGCCUGCAGAUAUAAUGCUCAAAAAGAGAGGUGGAUAUGAAGAGGUGAGAGAUGCUCCGAGCGUGGGACCCUCACCCAUCAUCAAUAUUAAGAAGGAGAAGAGAGAAACUGAGGAGGAGACCAAAGAGAUUCUGCGCAGUUUGGAGCGAGAUAACUUUAUAGACGAUCCCUUCCUGAGGAGUGAGCAGAGCAGCUGCCCCGUCCAGCUCCCCCUCGCCGUGUCAGGUUGGGGAUUUACGGAGGAACACAAUCCGGCUGCUGUUAAAAUUGAGAAGGUAGAUGAGGAUGCUGAACCCAUGGAAUCCUCGGUGGAAGUGAAACAGGAGCCAGUGGAAGUCGAUAUAAAGAAGACAGAGGCAGCGUUCAGGCCUCCUCCUCUCCCUGAGCCUGAGGUUUUACAUGACCUUCUACACAGGUGGAGUCUGAGCAAAGGGGAUGAGCUGUUCUUCAUGCAGAUGCCGGACUCGCUGCCCGGUCAGCCCCCCACCAAAGAGCACAGACCUGUGAAAACAGAGGUGCAGUCAGAGGAUGGACAGUCUGUGCUGCUGAAAACUGAAACUCAGGAGGAUGAAGAGGAAGAAAACAGCUGCUGUCUGAAAGACCUACGGGAGGGUCUUGUGGGAAAGAUGCUGGUGCGGAAGUCUGGACGGGUUCAGCUCAUACUGGGACAGGUGACACUGGAUGUGUCUCUGGGAACGUCAUGCGCUUUCCUUCAGGAGCUGGUCUCUGUCGGCACAGAGGGAAGAACAGGGGACUUGACUGUUUUAGGGAAUAUCAAACACAAAAUGGUUUGCUCCCCAGACUUUGAGGCACUACUGGAGAGCAGUACUUGAUGCUCAUGGAAACUGAUGAGUGGGUUGACUUAUGAUGGGUUAUGUUGACACAAUGUUUACGGUUUCUUUGGACUUUCUAUGGACGCUGGCAACCAAACAUGAAACACACAUUUGAAGGCCUUUUUUUUUUUUUUUUACAAAGUGGCUUAAACAACAUUAAAA